CGCGGUGUUGCGCGUCUUCGUUCUACGCUGAGGGACGUUAACGCGCGUCCUGCGGGAGAAACUCCGAAAGUCACCCGUCGUGCUGUCAGCGUUGCCCCUUUCCUUCCUCCGGUGAAUUAGAUAAGCGACACGAGGCGGUUUGCGCUCGGGGAUUGCCCCGAAGAAGCGAUCCAUCAUGCCGGUCCGUAGCGACUGCUGUCUGGGCUCGUCGAUGGCCUGUACGUCCUCGGCCUCUCUCGUUCCGCCCCCGCCGAUCAACACCCAUCAGCCCGGCGUCAACACGUCUCUGCUGUACAGCGGAUCUCAGUUCCGCGGACACCAGAAGAGCAAAGGCAACUCCUAUGAUGUCGAGGUCGUGCUGCAGCACGUGACUAUGGAGGAUUCUUAUCUGUGUGGAUAUCUCAAAAUCAAAGGUCUGACAGAGGAAUAUCCCACCCUCACUACAUUCUUUGCCGGGGAGAUCAUAAGCAAGAAACGACCCUUUUUAACCCGUAAAUGGGAUGCGGAUGAGGACGUUGACCGUAAACACUGGGGAAAGUUUCAGGCGUUUUAUCAGUAUGCAAAAAGCUUUAACUCGGAUGAUUUCGACUAUGAAGAGCUAAAGAACAGUGAUUACGUCUUCAUGCGGUGGAAGGAGCAGUUUUUGGUUCCAGACCACACGAUCAAAGACAUCAGCGGCGCUUCCUUCGCUGGCUUCUACUACAUCUGCUUCCAGAAGUCCACAGCCACCAUAGAGGGCUACUACUACCACAGAAGCUCUGAAUGGUAUCAGUCUUUGAACCUCACCCAUGUUCCCGAGCACAGCGCGCCCAUCUAUGAGUUCCGGUGACACGCAAGUCCUUGUGUCAUAGCAAGAGGGACAAUCAAACGGACAAAAGAUGAGAGAGGAACUGUCAGAUUAUUACGCCAGGGACUCGCCGGUCCUCUCCCCUUGCUGAACCCUAGAUGAUGGCACGGAGAGCUCUUUCAGGAGACCCUCUACACAAGCUGGUCGGCGUGUGGGAAUCUGGGAUUUGCAGCAGUGUUAGCGUUUGGUUUUUCCUUUUACGUUUGAGUUUUUAAAGCUUUUGUCCUCCAAUCAUCUUCGCAAAACCAUUUUUAUCCUUGAUGUUUUGGAAUUAAAAUCACUUUUUUCUUUGCGCUGGAUGGAAGAGCCAAUGGUUGAGGUGAUUUUUCUGUCACCUUGUCAUUUGAUAGCAUGGCCAAUUUCUCAUGUCAUUCUUCAGAAAUGAGUUUUAAUUUAUUUUUAAUGAAGCUGUAUGUAAAGACGAUGGAAAACCACAGACUGUGAUCAGCACCGUGCGUAUGGACAUCUUUUACCGGCAUGUCAAAGAUGUGGCGUGUGCUUGAGGAUCGGCAGCGACGUUAACUUGCCAAUAAUGGCUACAGGGUUGAUGUUCUCAGUGGCAGGUUGGCUCUCGGACAUUGUUUUUGUAUAACAAAAGGUUUAUCAUCAAGAUUCACAUAGUUAGCAGCCGGAUCCCUCGCUUCUAAAUGUGAUAUUUUUAUUAUGAAAUGAAAUGAGUCAGGUGUUUUGGAAAGAGGUAUAUUAUGUUUGUAUAUGCUGCUUUGGAUGAAACGUUUCUUUCUGAGUUUGAAAAAAUGAUCUGGUGAUGAUUUGCGCUCAUUGUUUUGCUAUGCAACCAGAAAAAUCUCAGCUCACAAGAAUCUAAUGUAUGUUAGGUUUGGAAAUAAUCACACUUCUCACGCGUUCACUUUAAUAUUUACAGCUCAGAGAGUAUUGCUCCGCAUUUCGGAAAGGAGUGCCGUGGAAAACGUGGUCCUUGGUGAUGGUGUAACGGAUAGACAAGCGUUUUAUUGGAGGGCUCAGGAAGAUGUAACUUCUUUGAAAGCAAACAGACCAGAUGCUGGACAGCUCAUUUUUGAUGAUCUGAUGAAAGUUGAUCAUAAGAUGGCAACUAGCCCUGAUCUGUUGCUAUGGCACUGCACAGGAGCGACUGCGCCAUCUAGCUGCAACAGCAGAACCUCUGGAGAUGUUGAACCAUCUUUCGUUUGAUGAUAAGAAGCUACAUAAUACACAUACCCAGAUCAAACCAUUCAAGCUUUAGUCAAACCCUUUGCCUUAAAAGUCAGAUAUUUGUCUGUUGUACCACUUUUGUAAGCACUCAAGUCGAUUAAGCUCUGUACAGACGGAAAGAAACUAUUUGAAUGGCAAAUGAAUGUGAGUGUAUAGGUUAUGAAAGCGUUUGGGAUGUUUUAAAGGAAAUGAUGCUGUACCUCAUCGGCCAAACCUCCUUUUUCUAAAAGUAGACUAGAGAAUAUUUAAUAACAGGAUUAUUCACGCAACAUCUCAGAUGUUUAGAUGUGUUGAGAUGUCAGUGAGAUUUGUACAUAUAUAAAGUAAUGCAAAAGAGAAUUGCAUCUAUAUUUUCUCCAUGCCCAGGUUUAGUUGAAAAACCCAAAUGACAUGGGACUUUGUAAGACAUUAUUCCCAUGCAUCCCCAAUAUUAGGCUUGUAUUGCAAACAUGUAUAUUUUACCCGACUCCGUUUUGGAAGGGUUUUUUUGUCCUUAACAAAAGCAAGAAACAUGCUUUGACAAAUGUUUGUUUGUGAUGUUUAAUCUGCUGCCCUUAUGUUGUUUUCUUUGAAUAAAUGCUAAGGAUAUGAAUGGCCACAGCACACACACACACUGUUACAGUAAAUCAGAGGGAUGUACAUAAUAAAGCUAUGUUUGUGGUGUACAUGAAUGAUUUAAUUCUCUAAAAUGAUGAGUAAUCUUUUUAUUGGCACAAAGGAUAAUAAAAUAAAGGCUGUUCUCGUGACGAGUUUCAUGAGAGUUCUGUGACUGACGCUCU